AUGGAAAUGGAAACGACAUACAGCCCCAGCAGCAGCAGAAGCAGAAGCAGCCUGCCAGGCGAUGCUCUAGAAACUUCGAUUGAGCGGCAGCAACAUCUGUCGCUGCCGACACUUACGCCACUCUACCUGCGAAGACAACAGCAGACACAACAACAACAGCAGCCGCAGCUGUUACCACCACGCCGCACAUCACAGCCGUCGUCGACGAGACGGAGUCGGCAGACGUCCACGAUCGUCUUUAUGCCGACCGUCCCCGACGACGACGAGGAGAUCUAUUUUCCGCUGUCACCACCACCUCCGCCGCUGCGGUACUCCCAGCUGUCCCAGUGGUCGGCCCUGCCGUCUCCUCUGCAGCCGUCACCACAGGCCAUCUACCCCGAGUACGGCUAUCCCAGCCAUGUCCGCCAGGCCCAUAGCAGUCUCGCCAGCAGCGGCCUGCUGCCGGACGUGAGCACCUACCAGCAGCAUGUCCAGCAGCAGCAUCCCGAGAACCACAACCGUCGCAUCGUACACGAGAGCGCUUCGGGCCCGCCGUCGGUGUACUGGUCCGAUGACGCCACCAGCUUUACCACGACCAAUCCCGAGACGGCCACCAUCCGCACCAUGGGCACCGUCAGCACGACCACGAAUCCGUCUGCGUUCACGUUUUAUCGCGAAAGCACGCCGCCACCACGCGAUUACGACGACGACGACGACUUCUACGAUGAAGACGACGGAGGCGACUUGGACAAGCGGACCUCCUACGUGCCAUCUUGGUCUAGUAGAAAGAGCAAGCAGCAAGAAUCAGGGGUGUUCGGAACGACAGGAACGAUUGGGCCGACAGGGCGAAUAGGGUCAGCGCCACCAGUGCCACCAGCAGCCGCCGCUGCAGCAGACGAACAGGGCCCAGGAGCCAAGCGCAACACGGCCAAGACCAGCAUCAGCAUCGCCCUGAGCGACCGGGACGACCACCGGACCACGGCCGACUUUGAGUUUGUCAACGGCCGCUAUGUGCCGCCGGGCAUGCGCGAGGGCCGUAUGCCCGGCCGCAUUCCACCCGGUGCGGCCGCGCUGGGCAUCGAAAAGUCCGGCCGCAGCCACCUCGGCCUCCCAGGCAGCAGCGCCGCUGCCGAGGACAUUGGCAGUCUCCACCAUCCCCGCAGCAAGUCGUACCAGGUCGUCGUGGGCGUGAUGCUGACCGUCAUGCUGGUCGUCAUCGUGGGCGUGGGCGUAGGUGUGGGCGUGGCGCUGAGCAGGAACUGA